GCCUCAAGCUUCUUAGGUAUACCAUCAUUUCUCGUUCACAGCACGCUUCCCCAGGAGGGUUGCACAACCCCUGCCUUCUUUUUCUUCUUGCAAGCCACACUUUGAUAAUACAUCUCUUGAGCUGACAUAAAACAACGGACGUGAGGAAGAACUGGUUGGGCCUGGAAUGACGCCCAACUGAGGUCCGAGGAGCGAGUCAACGAGCCUGGAGAAAUGGAGGAGGAGACCAUUAGUAUACGCUUCAGGCACUCCGCCGGUGACCUGGGCCCGUUCCCGUUCUCUGAAGCCACGAGCGUGCAGUCGCUCAAGGACAAGGUGUUCGCUGAGUGGCCCAAAGACGGCCUGUGGGUGAAAGAGCCACCUGCACAGUCCGGGGAUGUGCGGCUCAUUUUAAGUGGCAAGUUCUUGGACAGCGCCAAGCAGCUUAAAGAAUACAAGCGGGACAUGGGCGAAAUCAAGCCGGACACGAUAGUGACCAUGCUGGUCCACGUUCGGGCACAGCCAGCGCCGGCGAAGCCUUCGGCUGGGGCGACGCCGCCGCAGAAGCAGGAGCAGAAGGGCUGCGGGUGUACGAUUUGCUGAAGAUGGCCACGCACCACAGUGGGAGCGCAGGAAGGGUCCCAGCUGCACGUGGCUCAGUGCCAGUGGCCGGGGCCUGUUCGCACACGGUUUCACGUCACGCCUGCGGCUGCAGCUGGCGGCUGCGGCAGCCGCCGUGCUGUGCCGGAGGUGUUUUCGGCGCCCUUCAGGGCUUCACUGGAUGCAGGGCCUAGGUAUGCCGGUUUGGCUCGGCACGCCGUCGGCUUUGCACCGGCGCGCUGGAUUGGUGCUUGCCAGUACCGAACUCAGAUGGUCAGCAGUGGCGAUGGCAACAGCUUUAGAUGGUUGGCUUGGUUUGGUAGCGGACGGGUGCUAGAAGCGUCUGAUGAAGUUGCCGAUAGACAUGGCGUGUAGGAGUACAGAGACGAGGGAGAGGGUGCCGAGAGCAUGAAUGCAUCGGUGAGCCCGUGUUUGACGGGUGAGAUAAGGGACUGGAGGCAACAGGACAGAGUGCAUGGGUUGGCUCAUCGGAACUUGCCUUAUGCAGUCCUGCUGCUAUUAUGAUAAGAUGCAGACGUAUCCAGUGUGCUACGGAAUUGCUCGCGUGAGCGGUGUGAGGGCAUGGGCCAGAGUGCCCCCCUCCCCCGCCCCCCUUGCCUCAGGAGGCCUUGGCAAUGUCCGCACCCCAGAGGCUCGCGUUGGAGUCAUCGAAGUGUGGAGGCAAUGACGCCCUUGUGGAGUUGAGGGCAUCGGAGUUGGGCGGAAGGGCGCAGGCGAGUGUUGAGAAAGCGGCCAUGGGGGAUUGGGGAAGACUGGAUGGUCUGGGUCUUUGUGAAGUGCUCAUGGGUAACGCGGACACAUCUUGUAAGCUGAGCAAGAGACGCAAGAGCUGCACUGAAGUGGAUGCCUCAGAUCAGCCGGAUGCCGCUCGCCUCGGAUGGCUGCCGUCGGCGGACGUGGGUGGGCUGUAAAGUGAGCACUGAGCAGUGAUAUUGGGCACGUGCCAGAUUUACAUGGAGGUCUAAGAAGGGAAGGUCCAAAGCUCUACAGCUUCACUGCGCCUGUCGUAGGGGUGGGUAGCGGGGCGCAUGAGUAGGGUUGUGCCGCCCCUGAGAAAUAGAAAUAUAGCCUAGAACAAUUCUACAUUAAUAUAGUGUAGUUUUGAGAAGUUCUGCAGAAGAGGGGUAGAGCGUUUCCGCAGUAGAACGUGCCGAAAUCUGGACCCAGUCGCUGCAAAAUUGGCGUUAAAGCAGGGAUUUUUACUCCUUUCUGU